AUGAAGCCUUGGAAGCUAGACGCCUGCUACUUGCCUUCUCUCUCUUUGGGAGUCUUCCUCUACCCACUUGUGUGGGAUGAGGUGAGUGUCCUGAAUGACCAAGGGAAGCUGAUCCGGGCCUUUGACGUCUGUAACGUCAAUCAGAAUCCGCGCCAGCAGGACAACUGGUUGGCUACGCCCUUCCUGUAUCGCCAGUCGGCUCCACGGAUGUUUGUGACGUUGCGUUUCUCCGUUCGUGACUGUGCCAGCCUGCGAACGCCGUUGCCCACGUGUCGAGAAACACUCACCUUGUACUACAAACAGGCCGACUCCCAGUCGGAGCUGAUGAGGACCUGGGUGGCUGAGCCAUCUAGUGGAGAUAAAGAAACGAGGGAGGGCUGGGUGAAGAUCGACACCAUCGCAGCUGAUAAAAGUUUCUCCAAAGUGGAACCCAGUUCACCUCACCAGUACCAACCGAACCGAUACAGUCGCAUCAACGUUAAGACACGCAGCUUUGCCCCACUCACACGUAAUGGAUUCGUCUUGGCCAUUGUCGACAGUGGAGCUUGUGUGUCCCUCAUGGGGGUGUCCAUUUUCUACCGGCGCUGUCAGGCCACCAGCCUCCACUUGGCGUCCUACCCGGCGACACCUUCGGGUGCAGAGCCGACUGCUCUGGUGCCCGUGACAGGGACCUGCGUCCCCCACAGUAAAGCACAGGGGGGCACCCCCCCUCGCAUGCAUUGCAACGCUGAAGGAGAGUGGAUGGUCCCCGUCGGAGGAUGUGUCUGUGACGAAGGACAUGAGCCAAACAUCAACGGGUCUUCCUGCUUGUCCUGUCCUGUGGGCUACUUCAAGUCUGUUUCCGGCUCUGUUCCCUGCUCCGUGUGUCCACCCAACAGCAGAACCAGCCAGGAGGGAUCCAACGUGUGUGAAUGUCGCAGCAGCUUUUAUCGGGCCGCCACCGAUGCCAACUCUUCUGCCUGCACAACUCCUCCAUCUGCUCCAGUGUCUCUGACCUGGGAGUAUGAAAGCGGCGAAGGUGGGGUGUCCCUCAGGUGGCGUCCUCCCGUGGACAUGGGAGGUCGCAGUGAAGUCUGGUACGGGGUGGUGUGUCGCAUCUGCCCCUCGCCCACAUUCAGCAACCCGGCCAUGUGCUCCUGGUGUGGAGAGGGGGUCACUUUCAGCCCCUCAAAAAACAACCUCAGACAAACAAAAGUCACCCUCAACAACCUGCUGACCAGGGUCACUUACCUCAUACAGGUGCAAGCCAUGAACGAGGUGUCAGCUCUGAGUCCUUUUCCAGCUCGAUACACAAGCAUCAAUUUCACCACCAGCCAGUCAGUUCCCAGUACAGUUCCUGCGAUGCACCAGCUGAGCCGAGCUCCAGACUCCAUCACGCUCUCGUGGCCUCAGCCAGACAGACCCAACGGAGACAUCCUGGAGUACCAACUCAGAUACUACGACAAGGGUUCGGAUGUGGACAGCGCGUUAACUGUGUACAGCGAGACCAACACGGUGACGGUCAACUCGCUGAUUCCUGGCUCCAUCUACGCCUUCCAGAUCAGAGCCCGAAACGAGCGAGGCUACGGCCCCUACAGCAACACCAUCUACUUCACCACACUGCCUUUGGAGGAGCAUUCACAGCAGGUCCAGCAUCGACUCCCUCUGCUUGUCGGCUCGGUGAUGGGCGGCGCAGCCUUUCUCCUCGUGGUGGCGGCCAUCGUGGUCGUGGUCGUAUUCCGCAGCAAGAGGAGGGAGAGUCCUUACAGUGACAGACUUCAGAGAUACAUCAGUAAUCGAGGAGGAGUGAAGUAUUACGUGGACCCGUCGACCUAUGAAGACCCCAGUGAGGCGGUGAAAGAAUUCGCCCGUGAGAUCGAUCCCGCUCACCUCAAGAUCGAGGAGGUGAUCGGAGCAGCCCAGUUUGGUGAGGUGUCCCGUGGUCGUUACCGGCCCGUGGGCCGAAGGGAGGUGUUGGUGGCGGUGAAGACCCUUCGCUGGGGGGCGUCCGACAGAGAGAGGGGCAUGUUCCUCAGUGAAGCGGGGGUCUUGGGGCAGUUUGAUCAUCCCAAUGUGCUGAAGCUGGAGGGUGUUGUAACUGGUUCACCUCCGGAGAGGAUCAUCACGGAGUUCAUGGAGAACGGACCCCUCGAUGGCUUCCUUCGGGAGAACGAAGGCCAGUUCAGUGUCCUCCAGCUUGUUGGGAUGCUGAGGGGAGUUGGCGCAGGGAUGCGUUAUCUCUCCGAGAGAAACUUUGUCCACAGAGACCUGGCUGCCAGAAACGUGUUGGUCAACUCCAACCUGGUCUGCAAAGUGUCCGACUUUGGCCUCUCUAGACUCAUGAGGGGCCUGGACCAGAACAUACCGACAUACACGGCCUCUCUGGGCAGUAAGAUUCCUGUGAGGUGGACGGCGCCGGAAGCUUUUCAGCAUCGCAAGUUCAGCUCAGCCAGUGACGUGUGGAGCUUCGGUGUCUUAAUGUGGGAGGUGAUGUCCUACGGAGAGCGUCCCUACUGGGACAUGAGCAAUCAGGAGGUGAUGAAGGCGGUAGCGGAUCAGUACCGGCUCCCGCCCCCCCACAGCUGCCCUCCCGCCCUUCACUCCCUGAUGCUUCAGUGCUGGCAGGCGGAACGAGCGGACCGGCUGGGCUUCGACUCCGUCCUCUCCUCUCUGGACCGGCUCAUCCGGCACCCGGCCUCCCUGAAGGCCGAGCCGACCCGCUGUUCGCAGCCGCUGCUCAGCCCCACGCCCACGGACCUGUCGUCUGUGGCGACGGUCAGCGACUGGCUCAAAGCUCUGAAGAUGGAGCGGUACCAGGACGAGUUUGAUCAAGCGGACCUGGACUCGUUAGACAGAGUCAGCCGACUCACUAUGGAAGAUGUUCAGAACCUCGGGGUGAACCUGCUGGGACACCAGAGGAAGAUCGUCAGCGCGGCCCAGCAGCUCAGGGCCUUCCUGACGCAGGGCCAGGUGGAGGUCUGACACCCACCAGCAGCACCGUCAGCCCCGCGGGUUCCUCUGAUCGUCGCUUCUGGUUCUGCAACACUUUAAAGUCCGACGGAGCACAUUCUAAACCAAAUCAGCCAACAGUGACACUCUGCACUGCAGGUUCUGGUCAGAUGAACCCCACAACCAGAAGGGAAGGAGAGAUGGAGUCUCCCAGUCAGUCACUGGAGACAAACACAUGAAGGGAGGU